AUGGUCUAUCAAUUAACCACCGCUGUAGGACCUGCCCAGCCGGGUGAAACAGCUCCCAGAAGAAAGGUCACCCAGAAAGAUGGAUGUGUUUUGAGACCUGUUGACUCCAAGGCCAGCACUGUAUUUGAAUUCUUCCAGGAAUGUGUCAAGAGAAAUGGCUCCCGAAAUGCCAUGGGCUGGAGAGACUUGAAGGAGGUGCACUCGGAAAUCAAGAGCGUCAAGAAAAUCAUUGAUGGACAAGAGCAGACGGUGGAGAAGGAAUGGCUCUUUUAUGAAAACUCUCCUUAUCAAUUCAUCACAUUUCCCGACUUAUUGGACUUGGUCACCACCUACGGAAAGGGGUUGGUCAAGUUGGGAAUUGAGCCUGAACAGGCCAACAAGUUGCACAUUUUUGCGUCCACCUCCCACAAAUGGAUGCAAACCUAUUUGGCUUGUAGCUCUCAGAACAUUCCCAUUGUCACCGCCUAUGACACCUUGGGGGAAAAAGGAUUGACCCAUUCGUUGGUGCAAACUGACAGUUCGGCUGUGUUCACCGAUAACUUGUUGUUGGGCAACUUGAUCAAUCCGAUCAAGCAAGCCACCUCCAUCAAGUAUAUCAUCCACUUUGACCCAAUUGAUGAGAACGACAAGCGUCAAGGCGGGCUUUUCUACAAGUCUGCCUCCGAGGCCAAGGCGAAGAUCUUGGAAAUAAACCCCGAUAUCACCUUUAUCAGCUACGAAGAUGUACUCAAAUUGGGUAAAGAAGUUGAAAACGACCCCAAAUAUGCCAUCAAGACCGCCAAGCCCGAAGACUUGACGUGUAUCAUGUACACCUCUGGUUCCACCGGGGACCCAAAGGGGGUGGUGUUAUCCCACGAAAAUGUUGUUUCGGGUGUGGGUGGAGUUUCCACCGUAGCUGGUAGAAACGUGGUGCAAAACACCGAUAGGGUGGUUGCAUUCUUGCCAUUGGCUCACAUCUUUGAAUUGGCGUUUGAAGUGACUUGUUUCUGGUGGGGUGCUACUUUGGGAUAUGCCAACGUCAAGACGUUGACUGACGCAUCCUGUAAAAACUGUAAAUCUGAUUUGAUUGAAUUCAAACCGACUGUCAUGGUUGGGGUUGCAGCCGUUUGGGAAUCGGUUAGAAAAGGAAUUUUGGCCAAGGUUAAGGAAUUGCCUCCACUCACCCAAAAAAUCUUUUGGGCUGCUUUCAAGGCCAAGUUGGCAUUUAAGGACUACAAUAUGCCUGGUUCAGGAUUGUUCGAUGUGAUUUUCAAAAAGGUUAAGCAGGCCACCGGUGGUUGUUUGAAGUUGUGUCUUAACGGUGGUUCUCCAAUUUCCAGAGAUGCACAAGUGUUUAUCAGUACCUUGAUUUGUCCCAUGUUGAUGGGUUACGGUUUAACAGAGACCGUUGCCAAUACCACUAUUGUUGACCCUGAUCACUUUGAUUUCGAAAUUGCUGGUUGUCUUUUGGGUUCCGUCACCGCCAAGUUGAUUGACGUUCCAGAAGCUGGUUACUUUGCUAAGAACAACCAAGGUGAAUUAUUGUUACAAGGUCCACCUGUCACCAAGGAAUACUAUAAGAAUGAAAAGGAAACGGCCGAUGCUUUCACUCCAGAUGGCUGGUUCAAGACUGGUGAUAUCUGUGAAUGGACUGCCAACGGUAACUUGAAGGUCAUUGAUAGAAGAAAGAACUUGGUGAAGACUUUGAAUGGUGAAUAUAUUGCUUUGGAAAAGUUGGAAUCUAUUUACAGAUCAAACACAAACGUCUUGAACCUUUGUGUUUAUGCUGAUCAGACCAAAGUUAAGCCUGUGGCUAUGAUUUUACCAAACGAACCUCAUUUGAGAAGUUUUUUGAAGGAAUCGAACAUCUACUCUGAUUCCGAGUUGAAGUCAAAGGCUUUGGCUGACUUGUGUCACGACAAGAAGGUUUCGAAGGCAGUUUUAAAAUCCCUUUUGGCCACCGGUAAGUCUCAAGGGUUAAGGGGUAUCGAAUUAUUGCAAAAUAUCGUGUUAUUGGACGAAGAAUGGACUCCACAAAACGGUUUUGUUACUUCAGCACAAAAGUUACAAAGAAAAAAGAUCUUGGAGUCUUGUAAGGACAGAGUGGAAGAAGCUUACAAGUAA